AUGGGUAAUUUCUUUAGCUCGAUGUUCGACCGUCUGUGGGGCGUCAAUAAAGAGCUGCGUAUCCUGAUUCUGGGGCUAGACGGUGCGGGCAAAACCACAAUCCUUUAUCGGCUGCAGAUCGGUGAAGUGGUCACCACGAAACCCACCAUCGGCUUCAACGUCGAAACUCUCGUAUACAAAAACCUCAAACUGAACGUUUGGGAUCUGGGUGGCCAGACCAGUAUCAGGCCCUACUGGCGCUGCUACUACUCCAACACGGCAGCCGUCAUUUUCGUGGUCGACUCCACAGACAAGGACCGUAUGGCCACCGCGUCCAAAGAGCUGCAUAUGAUGCUACAAGAGGAAGAGCUGCAGGACGCUGCACUGCUCGUGUUCGCCAACAAACAGGACCAGCCCGGUGCGCUCGGUGCGUCCGAGGUUUCCAAACAGCUCAGUCUCGUCGAACUCAAGGACCGCAGUUGGAGCAUAGUCGCUUCCAGUGCCAUCAAAGGCGAGGGUGUCUCAGAGGGUCUCGACUGGCUCAUCGACGUGGUCCGCGAGGAACAAUUGUAG